CAUAACGAUGACAAAAUAAAACCUCAAGACAUACAAAAAAGAGAGGACACGAUUAACAAGGACAUGAGAACGGCUGGAGUAGAUGUCAGCAGAACACUGUGUGAUACCAAGACUGACGGUGGAGGAUGGAUUAUUAUUCAGAGACGUAUCAAAGGUGAUGUGACCUUUUCAAGAGGUUGGAACGAUUAUAAAAAAGGAUUUGGUUCAACUGCUGGAGACUUCUGGAUAGGAAAUGACGUCAUUUAUCAGCUAACAAAUUUAGGUUAUAAUGAACUCAGAUUUGACAUGAAGUAUAAAGGUAAAGACUACUACGAUGUGUACAGAGGUUUUAAGGUAGAAAAUGAAGCAGCAAAGUAUAGGAUGAACUUCACGUCAUUCAGUGGUGGGAAUGCUAGAGACUGGUUUAGUUGGCAAAAGGACAUGAAGUUUACAACCAUUGACUCUGAUAACGAUUUGUGGUCAAGUGACAACUGUGCUGUAGACUGGAGUAGCGGUGGGUGGUGGUAUGGGGAAUGUCACGCUGUUAACGUCAACGGUGAAUGGGCGAGUCGUGUUCUCGGUAAAGGAAUUCAUUGGCUUAGCAUUACAGGCAGUACUGACUCUCUAGACUUUGUUGAGAUGAAACUUCGUCGAAUGUAAACAACCCGAAAACAAUGCUUUGGUAAAAAAAAAUGGAUAUACAGUAAUCAAAUUAUUUAAAUAUAAUCUUCAGAAACAUAAACAACAUUUCAUAUAUUAAAAUAAAUAGAUGUAAACAUUUAACUAAGACAAUAUUUUCUUGAUGGUGUUUAAGAAGUUUAAAAUUAACGAACAUUAAACCAACAUUCUAUUAAAAAAUGAUUUUAAAAACUACAACAGAGUUUGUUUUGCUAUUAUGAUGUAAUAAACCCAUGUAUACACUUAUCUAGAAUUGAAAUUCCUCAUAGAUUGAAUGUGCGUGUAUUAACCAUUAAAACAGGAA